AUGGGAUCUGGCUCCUCAACUUGUCGGCCCAAGUGUAUUUAUUUGGAUAUUGAUGGAAGAAUUCAAAAGGUGGUCUUCAGUAAGUAUUGCAGUUCCAAAGAUAUUAUGGACCUCUUCUGCAUUGCCACUGGGUUACCAAGGAACACAACAAUCUCACUUUUGACAUCGGAUAACUGCAUGGUGUCCAUUGAUCCAACAAUGCCAGCAAACUCAGAGAGUAAUCCAUACAAAGUGAUACCUGUGACCACUGGGCAUCUAUCAGAGAAAGAGGAAUUGUUCCAGAGUUUAUUGACACAGAUUGCUGAACAGUUCUCAAGGGUAUUUAAAAUCAAUGAACUGAAAACUGAAGUAGCUAAUCACUUGGCAAUGCUGGAGAAAAAAGUUGAACUGGAAGGGCUAAAAGUAGUAGAGAUUGAGAAAUGCAAGAGUGACAUUAAAAAAAUGAGGGAGGAAAUGGCAGCAAGAAACACCAGGAUCAACUGUCCAUGUAAGUACAGCUUUUUGGAUGAAAAUAAAAAGCUGACACCCCGACGGGAUGUACCUUCCUACCCAAAGUAUAUGCUUUCUCAAGAGACCAUAGAAGCACUUCGGAAACCAACAUUUGACGUCUGGCUAUGGGAGCCCAAUGAGAUGUUGAGUUGUUUGGAACAUAUGUACCAUGACCUGGGAUUGGUGAAAGACUUUAACAUCAACCCCAUCACCUUGAAGAGGUGGCUGCUGUGCAUUCAUGACAAUUACAGAAACAACCCAUUCCAUAAUUUCCGGCACUGCUUCUGUGUGACCCAGAUGAUGUACAGCAUGAUCUCUCUCUGCAGUCUCCAGGAGAAAUUUUCCCAAAUUGAUAUCUUAAUUCUGAUGACGGCAGCAGUGUGCCAUGAUUUGGAUCAUCCGGGUUACAACAAUACCUACCAGAUUAAUGCCCGAACAGAACUGGCAGUACGCUACAAUGACAUCUCCCCACUGGAGAACCAUCACUGUGCAGUGGCUUUCCAGAUCAUUGCCCAGCCAGAGUGCAAUAUUUUAUCCAGUGUUGACCAAGAACAAUUUAAGCGGAUACGACAGGGGAUAAUUACCCUAAUCCUGGCAACAGACAUGGCAAGACAUGCAGAAAUACUGGACUCCUUCAAGGAAAAAAUGGAGAAGUUUGAUUACUCAAAUGAGGAACAUGUGACCUGUUUGAAAAUGGUGCUUAUAAAAUGCUGCGAUAUCUCCAAUGAAGUACGCCCGAUGGAAGUAGCAGAACCCUGGGUAGACUGCUUAUUAGAGGAAUAUUUUAUGCAGAGUGACCGAGAAAAAUCAGAGGGACUUCCCGUGGCACCUUUCAUGGACCGAGAUAAAGUGACCAAGCCAACAGCACAGAUCGGGUUCCUUAAGUUUGUUCUUAUCCCAAUGUUUGAGAUAGUAACAAAGCUUUUUCCAGAAGUUGAAGAAGUGAUGCUCCAACCUCUUUGGGAAUCCAGAGACCGCUAUGAGGAAUUAAAACAAAUAGAUGAUGCUAUGAAAGAGAUGCAGAAGAAGAAGAGUGGAAGCACAGAGAAGUGAAAAGAAAAGUAUUCUGAGCACAAUAUAUGUCACAAGAACUGUGCAGCUAAGCAUCAUGGAACCCUUCAGUAUAUGGCAACGAUGACAGAGAAAAACUGAGGCCACCACAAGAGCAUAUUUUUAUCCUCAUGGAUGCAAAACAAUGAACUUCUGGAGAUGUACAG